UUUGGAAUCAAUCCAUCAUGACUACGAACAACCCUCAGUUUGCUUUCGAUUCAAAGUCCCUUCCAAUCGCUCAACUUGAGCUCUUAAAAUUCAAGGCUAACCAAAUUAUUGAAUCUAUACAGACCCUCCAACGUACAAUCGAUGUCGGCGGACAGAACGCCAUGCCCGCCUGGCCAGACAUCCUCUCCAAAUACAAUGUCAUUCUCUCCCAAACACAUAGCUUCUCCCAAUCCUUAUCUUCGCCUCAGGCGCAGUCCCAAAUUGGCCAGGCGCAAGCUCGGCUCGGUUCUAGCGUGUACGAGAAGAUCGCUCUGCAUCCUAGCAUUGGAAUGACAGAUGCUCAGCUCGAAAAUGACCUCAUCCCUCUCUUGCGCAAUCAGCAGACGACGGACGUACUAAAUAUGGAGACCGCUACUGUUCGACGUCUGGCGGAGUGUAUGGCCACCCGUGGCGCCAUUGCCACGAAUAGUGUUCAGACCAACCAUCCUCCUGCCACGAGUGGUCGGGUGACACACGAGGAUGUGCUGCAUGAAUGUGAAGAGAUACGGAGUGCGCAUGAUCAUCGUGUGGAGCGCGCUGUCAGGGCUGUGAUGAUGCUUAGAGAUAAGUUUGAGUGGAAGCAGCGCGUCGAAGUGGAGGUGGAGGAGCCAGAAGAGCUUGAAUGGGAUCCACGUAUGGAACAUGAGGACGUUCAGAUGACCAGCGAAAAAGAAAUGACAGUAACUCCCGACAAUGGAGAACUUGGAGAAGGACAAAGUAGUGAUGAGGAAGAUAUUGUAGAGGGUGAACUCACGGGAAACGAUGCUCCAACACCAGUUGCUUCCCCAGCUGCAGUACUAGUAGAUGUUGAAAUGGGCCCCGCUAAUACUUCGUCAUGAUAUAGGUAGGACAUUUAUGUUUUGGCUCCAUGCAUAU